AUGCCUGGCACAGUUGCAGAGGGGCCAGGGGCCUCUUUGUCCUUUGCCAAUAACUUCUGGGGUAAAGAUGAUGCAGGUGUUAUACCGAUGCUAGAGCGUAUGCACAAUUCAAAAGUGACUUGUGAUGAGCUGAAAUCGUUCUACAGCACUCGAGCUGCUAUCGAAGAUGAAUAUUCCCGAAAACUUUUGGCGCUCUGUCGGAAACCCUUCGGGUCAUGCGAAUCUGGAUCCCUUCGCGCAUCCCUCGAUGUCGUCCGUGGUGAAACAGAAUCCAUGGCCAAGGCACACGCUGCGAUUGCAUCGCAAAUGAAACGAGAACUAGAAGAACCCCUAGUCGCUUUUGCCGGUGGGUUAAAAGAGCGAAGGAAGAUUGUGCAAGGGGGUAUUGAGCGCCUCUUGAAGACAAAGAUACAGCAAACACAGGCAGUAAAUAAGACUCGAGAUCGGUAUGAGCAAGAUUGUUUGAGAAUCAAGGGAUAUCUUGCACAAGGGCACAUGGUUAUGGGCCAGGAGGAGCGUAAAAAUAAAGCGAAACUUGAGAAAACACAGAUUCAACUUGCUUCUAACAGUCAUGAAUACGAGACGGCCGUGAAAAUCCUCGAAGAAACAACCGGACGAUGGAACAGGGAAUGGAAAGCCGCAUGCGACAAAUUCCAAGAUCUCGAAGAGGAGAGACUGGACUUUACGAAAAGCAGCCUCUGGACGUAUGCAAACAUUUCGUCUACUGUUUGUGUUAGCGAUGAUGCUUCUUGCGAGAAGAUCCGUCUUUCUCUUGAAGACUGUGAAGUCGAAAAGGACAUUGCUUACUUCAUCAAAGAAAGGGGAACGGGCAGUGACAUUCCAGAUCCGCCAAAAUUUAUAGAUUUCACCCGAGGCGAUGUGACCGAUUCAAGUUCGGAGAUAUCUGAAGAAGAUGGGCCAUUCUCUGCAGCCCAGUUCCAACGGGCCAUCAACUCAGGGCUUCGCAGCUCCUCCCCACAGCCAUCGACGUACGAAUCUCAUCAUGAUCCGCAGUCUGAGCUUGCGGCCAGAAUGGGCCAUGGUAGCCCCUCAACUGCGCCUUCUAGCAGAGAAGCUACCGUCACUCCACAAAAGCCUGCCAAGCAGCCUCUCCCGCCGCCUAGCUAUGAAAAUGAGAUACGAACUGCACCCCAUCCCUCUGUGUCAGGCAGAGAAAAUGUAGCCACUUCGCAAAAGCAAAGCAAACAGCCGCCUCUCGAUGUCCAUGGAGCUGCCCAACAUACUCAGAGUCAGCCUCCUGACCAAGCAGCCGAGGUUGGAAUGGUGUCUCGCUCUGCAGCCCCAGUCAAGGAAGCUCCAAUUGCUGCCCCAAAGACAACCACGAGACAGCCUCCUCCUUUGGACCUCCGGCGGGGUGGACAACUGCCUCCGAAUUACGAUCCAAGCCAACACGGUGAAAUUGCAGCCAUACCCCAUAAUGCAUAUCCAGCAGAUGGUAUGACAAUGUUCUGUCGCACUGGGCCUCCGUCUGAGCGAAGCUCAGCUACUAGCGCGUACCGGCCUUCGAGCCGAGAUUCCCAGAGCGCAUGUUCAAAUAGAACGUCUCUUUCUAGCCAGGAACCAGUCAGUGCAAGGCACUCCCCGACGAAAACUACGAACGUUGCACCUCAGCCGGACGCAGGUACUGAAAAGCAGGUCCAGAAGAGAAGAAGCGCUUUUUUCAGCAACAGUCCUUUCCGCCGUAAAAGUCGGCAUGAGAAAGACCGACAGCCGGCGACAUCACGGGCGCCAUCUCGCAAUACUUGGGAUUCCUCUUCGAAACAAACCACCCCCAUAAAGGCCCCACGUCCUCGACGACCGACUGUAAAUGAUGAUGCAGCCAGUGGAACCGUGGAGCCGGCGGAUCCUCGGGCAAACUUUCAGUUAAAUGUUGGUAAUAACGUCUUCGACGUUGCGUCCCCAGAUGCAGAAACAACGAAGAAAGCCUCACAAUCGACCAAGAGCGCUAACGACGAACUCGACCCCAUUGCACGUGCACUGGCUGAUUUGAAAGGUGCCGGAAAGCAAUCAAGCACUCGAGUCUCUGCUGACCGAUAUCAUGGAAUUGCUACGCCGGUACCACCACCCGUUGCGUCUAGUACUGCUGCAGCAACUCCACCCCCAGCCUACAAUGAUUCCUCAAUUAAGCGUCUUGAUGCACCUCAACCCGCGUUCACCGCCGCACAGAUGCAGAAGACAACGCAGAAAUACAUCGGUCAGGCACAGAGUAUGUUUAGGAGCGCCAAUGACGGCUCCACUUCGCGGCUAGCCACCAGAAAUAAUGGUCCAACCCAGGAAGUUCCUCGUUCCAGAUCACCUAUCCCUAGACGAAGUGCCAGUCCUCAGGUAGCUCCUCGCUCAGAAACUCGAAUGAGCCAGUAUAGUGGAGCCGCUAGCCCAACCCAAGGCUCAUACCAGUCAAACAGUGUUAGGAGCCGUUACAGUCAACCGCCCAGUCCAGCCAUUGCCCCACAACGGACCAGUGAUGUGGCAUAUUCCUCUCACGAUUACUCUCGGAGAAACUCACCCAAAGUUGCCUCACGGGCUGUGUCACCUCAACCACAAUUUAGACAGCAAGCCCGACCGUCCAGUGCAGGAGGGAUGGAGCUUCAGCUGUCAAAUCAAGUCGACAUGUAUGGUGGUAGUUUUGAUGGAUAUGCUGCCAGAGGAAGGCAGUCAAGUGGUAGACCUAUGUCUUCAUACUAUGGUGCAGAUGGGGUGGCCCAGGGUACAAGGGCAAGGAGCAGGACUCUUGCCGUAGCCGAUCCUGGGAGACAAUAUAGUCGUGAUGGACGUCCGAUUCUUCACUUUGGUAAGUUCCUUUGCCUUGUUUUCUUUAUCCGAUGGCCAAAUGAAGCCGCUGUUCACUUUCUUCUGACUUGAACGUUUAUAGCCCGUGCAAUGUACAGCUACACUGCCGCUAUACCCGAAGAGCUGGGGUUCUCCAAGGGAGACACGCUGGCGGUUAUCAGACUCCAGGACGAUGGAUGGUGGGAGGCGGAAGUCGUGGGUGUCCGCGGCCGUCCGGGCUUGGUGCCUAGUAACUAUCUGCAGGUUAUGUAGGUGACCUACUUACUCCUUCUAUCACUUUCAACCUAAAAUCAUGAGUGCAUGAGCCAUGAUCCCAGGAUGGAGAACCUUGCGUUAUUUUCUUGCAAAUACCCUUUUAUAUUCCUUCAUUAUUUCCCCUCCUUAUUCAUUACCGCAAUGGUUCUACUUGUCUCUGGCAAUACCAACGUGUUUUACGAUUUACGCCUUGGCAUCUUGGUCUGCUUAAUGUUCGCAUUAAUUGUCUUGGGCUUCAAUUUGAUGUUUCUAUCUGCCUGGAGAGUUUUGUUCAUGUACGCUUGGGUCAGGAGAGAGUAUACCCUUUCUCUUGAGUUUUCUUUGUCUGUAUGAGUCCUUCACAGCCGCUGGUUUUUAUUCUCCUAUUUUUUUCUCGGUAGUUAGUCGAGUGGCAGCUAGCUGUGUAAUCUGUUUAGUUCUGUCCCUACAGUAUUUCCUAAAUUGUAAGACUGCAGCUUGUAGAUGUUCCUCAGCGCCGGCUCUCUUUUCCCUUUCCCGCCAGAUCUGGAGAAAUCAUUGAACUAAUACUGACUCUCUCGAAGACGGCCCAUGUACGAUUCCAAAA